UUGAGGUGUCAGUUUCUCGUAAGGGAUAAGAAAAUAAAGGAGCCAAAAAUUAUGAAAAUUUGUUUCUUCUUUUUUGUGGGAGAGAAAGGCUGAAGCUAAGUGUGACUGGAAUCUACAAUUUUCAGACGCUAAUGGAUAUUCGAGCUGGAAUCGGGAGCUUAAAAUCUCAAAGUUUUUGGAAAACUUUCCAGAGAUCUAUUUCUUCAUGUAAUUUUCCUUGUUCCUCUUUCAAAACUUUCUGCUCCAAAAAGGACUCUCAGCAGCAACCUCAACAGAACGGUGAUGAUAACAAUGGUAUGAAAUGUCGAUCAGCUUUGAAGGCUCAAUAUCUAUCAACCCACCUUGAAUUUCACUUAAAUAUCGAAAAGGGUGAUAAGUUCUCAACCGACUGGGAUAAGGCAUGGUCGAAUUUCAAGAAGCAAACCAAAAGGUCCUUCCUUUCAGGGUUUUCUCCUAACAAGUAUGUUACCUGGAAUCCUAGACAAUCGAACUAUCCCUUGUCUGAAGAGGUAGAUCCAAUAAAGAGAACAGAGAGGUCGAAUCUCAUGUUAUGGACGAGUCCAGGAUUUACUUUAGUAGGAGCAAUAAUAAUAGUCUCAUUCCUUUUGUUGUAUACCAUUCUUGCACCAGUUAAGUGAUCUAAUUUUCCCUAUCAGAAAUGUCUGUCCAUUUGCUGUAAAAGGAACAUUGUGUUGGAAGGAAAUGAGUAUAUGCAGAAAGACAACUCAAGUUUCAUUGCGAAUGUGUUGACAUUUAGCAUAAACUAAAUGAGAUCAACCUGAAAAGUAAGUUUGAGUUCCAAAAUCCAUGGUUGAAGUAAUCAUGUUAGCUAGUAUUCUCAAGGUCAAAUGACUUAACACCGGAGUCUGGAGAGAAAAAUAUUUCUUCUACACAAUACAUCAUAGGAUAGAAAAUGCUUUUAUCACUUCAGGAUGGCAGGCAAAUUGCAGAUGCUGAGCAGCAAAGUAGACAUUCAACUGGGAUUUUGAGCUAAGUUUUUUCUAUGAAAGCAGAACAGAUACAUAAAUGCAUGCAACUCUGAUCGGACAAUGACACAGCCAAUGAUGAUGUAAAGCAACGGAAAUAGUUAGACAUCAGUGUACAUCAUGUUAUGGCAAAACUUAAGAGACUUUAUGUUACAUGUCAAUUAAUUAUUAUUAAAGUAAUGUAUUAUUAUUUUAUUAGAAAA